AGACAGUGGUAUAAUCUCAAUGAAACUUUAGUCUUUUAUUAUUACUACAACGAUAAUAUAUUCAAAUACUAUAAUGCAAUAAAAAUACCAUAUUAAAGUUUAGUUAACAUUCUUUAUGAAUAACCCAACUGCAUAGAUACCAAGAAAAUUGCCAUGAAUAAUAAUAGUAAAAAAAUGUAUAAUACGUAUUUUAAUCUACUCUUAUUCAAUUAAUAGUUGAUAAACAUUGAAACCAAUGAUAUAGUUGUUGCAUUAUUUUUGUUAUUUACAUGAUAAAAAUGGGACAGUAUAAAUAUUGAUUUCUUAUAGCUUAGGGUCAUCAUUCAAAUUUAAUUACCAACAAAAUGAGGACUUCACGUAUUUGUUUAAUCUUGCUAUCGAUAUUGGUAGUUCAGAUUUCAUCUGAAGAUACUGAACUAGAUAAAGUAAUAAACAAGAUUACAGCAUCUAUGGCCAAAAUUGCAGAAAAACCUUACACAGAUUUAUUAGCAGAAAUACGAGCACGUCCAGAUGUAAAUAAUUUCUUGAAAGACUAUUCGCGUAAAGUAAACCAGGUUAUGGAACAAACCCAAAAGGAUUUAUUUAAUUUAAUACCACAACAAGAGAAAAACACAAUCAAAAGAGUUAUUGACUACUCGUCACUUUCAAUGUCGUCAGCAUUUUGGAAUACAGCAAAAGGUGUAACUUCUGUUACGAACACGUCUUUCAAUACAUUACCGGAUGAUAUUAAAACCAAAUUACUUGAAUUAGGAAACGAUAUCAAUGAUUUUUUAAAGAAACUAAAAGUUGCCAAUGACAAUGGUUUAAAAAAAUCAAAAUAAUACCCUAUAUAAUAUUCAAUAUUUAAUGCUCAUUCAAAAAAUAUUGAAUAUCUAGUUGAUUCAAUAAAUGACAAUUCAAUGUUAACUUUUAAAUUAUAUAGGAAGAAAUGAUAAAUGAACCACAUCCAUUUAUUACCAAUACUAUAGGAAACAUUACAAUAUUUUAUUUAUUGAUGUGUAUUUAAAUUAUAAUAUACUAAUCACAUAUAUUUAUAUAUUUUGUAAACCAUUAAUAAAUAAUAAAACUUAUUGUAAUUCAGAUAAAUUUAAU